AUGGGCGAACACAUGCACAACCUCACGGCGUUCAACCAAAGCCCUACUUCCAACUCGACAAUUAUUCAACCUGAACGGUUACAACAAACUGCAGAACCCAAACAACAUCAGCAGAAGCACCAGCUACAACGGGAUCAAACUAACGAUGAUGGCGAAACAAAUGAUGCGCCCGGCUCAUCGAAUCACACCGAUACGCAUGGUAGCGUUGGUGUGCCGACACUGCCUGCAGCAGCGCUAUCUCUGUCAGCAACAUCCGUAGGCAGCACACCGCCGAGCAGCGCUGAAGCGACAAAUACCAACAAUUUCGCUUAUUACACGGGCCCCGCUGAAACGGUGGCAGCAACGGCUGUCACAGCUGCAACGCACCGACAUGCUGUCGCAGCAACGCCACCACUACCACCCUCAUCACAAUCGUUGCCGCCAUCAUCAGAUGUGGCGGCCUUAUCAGCAACAGCGCACUAUCCACCACAGCAGCAAUACUAUACCACGAGCAACGCAGUGGCGCCACUGUCGGAUGCCUUUCACCACCAGCAGAUGCAGCUACAGCUACAACAACAAUACGAGCAGCGUUAUCAACUGCGAACAGCCUAUUAUCACCAGCAACAGCAGGCGCCGCCGUCGCAAUUACAGCAAGAAGACCAAUCAGCAACGUACGUGACGUCACAACAGCCGUCUACACAAUACCAACAUGCGGCGGCCACAACAACAACAGUAAAUCAACAUGCAGCGCGCAGCAACAGACGAGCAACGCAGUCGACAGCCACACACCAUACAACGAACACAUCACAAACAGCAACAACAACACAGCAGCAGCAAUCGUGUCAACGGGCGUCAUCAGAAGUGGAGGAAAGUAGCAACCACAUUAAUGGAAGACAUACGACAAUUCGAAAGACAUAA